AUGUCUGCCGGCUGCUUACCACCUCGUCUACCAUGCAGGCAAUUUGCUGCCGGAGCUCGUGGAGCUCAGAACUGCCGGCAUAAGCAAUGGCUCUCCGUUGGAAGUCUUCUUGCCCACACCCAUCGAACCAAGACUGUUCGGGUGCUGUUGGAGUCGGAGUCGAGAUCGUCUUCCACGGCGGUACAUUUUGAGGUGGGCGCGUGUGAGCUUGUGAUCUCUUUGAAGUGCCGCAUCUGGGCACGCCUUCCGAAAGCUCAGCAGCGACGCAGCGGACCAAGUCGCAUGGAUCUUUGGUUCAACUUGCACGAGGCGGGCGACGGGUUCCUCAGGGGCACGCUCCUCUCGGACGAUCUUUGUGUUGGACACUAUGCAGGCGAAGCAGCGGAGAUCAAGCUGGAGUUUGAUCUAUGCCGGCAGGGGAGGGAGACGAUCCGGGAAGCCAAGGCCUGCGGUCGCUAUCUUGAUCGAAUCACCGCAUCUCAGCUCAAGAUAGAAGAAGCCCUUCUAGGCUGGCUGGUGUGUCGUGUAAUGGUUUACAAGUUCUGUGAGAGGUCCUUGGCCUACAACAACCCCUGUGCCACCGGCUUGAUAUGUUUCGGGAGCUCGGUGGAGGAGCGCUGUGAGCUGACUCCAGCCUACGAAAGCUUUCGCGAUAGCAUUUCGGAGGUCAUGCCCGAUGGGGACACUCGACUCUUUGAUGCCGUGCAGAUGGCCGCUGAGAAGCUCGAGGCCUGGAGGGCACAGGAACUUUCGAAACCGGGGAAGACGAAGCCUCCGAAGCUUCGGCUCGUUGUUCUCUCCGACGGCUGCGACACGAGCUCCGUGAAGGAGGCGCCGCAGGUCGCACACUUCUUACAAAGCAAGGGGGUGGUUGUGGAUGCUGUGAUGAUCGGCAAUGAGACGGAUCCUGACCUUCACGCGAUAAGCAAAGCAAGCGGGGGCUACGUCUUCCGGCCAGGAAGCCUCCAAGAUGCAGUGCGCUUGAAUGAGUUGGAGACCUUCCUCUUCAGUUUGGAGCGGCCUCCCUGCAGUCGAACUCCAGUGAACUCCAUGAGCUCCCUGGAAGCCUAUGGACCGGCCUUCUUCCCGCUGGACCCGUGCAGCGAGGACCAAGUUCCACCCCGGAAGCAGCCGCCUCAGCUCGGAAGCUGCGUGCACGGCUUGCAGGAUGCCCUGCACCAGACGGGAGGCGGCCCAGGAGGCCCAGGAGGCCCAGAGGCCCGGGAGGCAAGGCUUCGAAGGAUUCUGGCCGAGAUGCGCUAUUUGCACAGGGAGCCGCACCCGGCCUUUGACAUUUUCCCCGGCUGCGAUGAUGUUGGGUUCUGGAAGGUGACUGUCUCCGGCCCAGAUGGGACGCCAUACGCGGGAGGGGUGUGGCUCCUCUACGUUGUCUUUCCACCAGAGUUCCCCGUGGAGCCACCGGAAGUUCGAUUCAUCACGCCUAUCAAGCACUGCAACAUCAAUCAGAGCUUGCUGGAGAGCAUCUAUGGUUUGCUUUUGUGUCCGGAUGUGGAUGAUCCGCUGGACAGCACUCUGGCACUGGCAUUCUACGACGACAGCGGGUUGUACGAGUCCUCCAUUGUGGACCACGUACAAAAGCACGCUCAGGGCAAGACCCGGGCCGACUGGCUGGCGCUGCUGUCUGCCCCAGAAGAACAGCCGGCACCGACGCCUUGGCUUCAAAGCGAGGCCGCAGCAGCUGCUGCCAUCGAUGGUCGCAAGUCGCAGGCGUUCUGUGUCACAGACACUGCAAAGCUCGCCGCUUUCAAGGAGGCCGUUGAGCUGAGGAGCCUGCGAGUCUCUUCACACCUGGCGGAGUUUCUGAACCGGUGCAUUUCCCUUUACCGAUCCGUGUUUGCAACAAAUGGUGGUGUAAAUGGACAGUGCAUGGUAAGCUCUGCAAGGGACCGUCUCGUGACAAAUCAGAUCUCGGACGGCAGUGAUCCGGACCCUCAUUACACGGUAUUGUAUGAAAACAAUACAGGCAACGCUUCCUUGCUGGUAGCGGCUGCAGCCGACGGCCGGCAAGCACUUCUGGAAAACCUCUGGACUAACCUGGCUGACCAGGGGCCGCAGGCGAACUGGCAUGCUGCGCUUGCUGCGGCUGUCUCCCACAAACGCAUCGAUGCGGUACAUUUCUUGCUUGAUCGCGGCUGCGUUCAGCAUAACUGUGUAGAGCCGUCGUAUGCAGGGGUCCCUUUAGUCAUUUGGGCGGCCAGCCUUGGACAAGCCGAUAUUCUGGACAGUCUGGUUGAGAAAAAAGCUUCAUUGCAGGUUUCUCCCAAUAGAAAAGGCUAUGCAUACACUGCGCUGUGCGCAGCAGUGCGCUUCUCUCGGGGAUUCGAAGAUGCUCUCAGCGUCAUAAAGUAUGUGGUCAAGAGACCGGCAGAUUUCCGUUGGCUGGUGCGACAGCGCCGAUACGGUAAAUCACCCAUGAUCCUCGCGGCAGAGAACAUGAAUCCUGCCAGUUUGGAGAUUCUCUUGAAAGCUGGGGUGAGCCCUGAUAGCCCUGAGCAGACCGCGGUUUGGGGAGAAACGGCGAUUCACAAGGCAGCUUUCGGCAACAAUUUGGGCUCCAUCAAGUUGUUGUGGAAGUUCCGAGCCAACGUGGAGGCGCAAAGCGGACAGGGAAGGACUGCUGUGGCGGUGGCAGCUGACAAUGGCUGGAAAGACAUCGUUAGGUACUUGGUUGAUGUUUGCAGGGCCAACAUCUGCACUCCCGAUCUCUGGGGCCGCAGUGCCACACAUCUUGCUGCCCUCAAAGGCCAUCUCAAAGUCAUAAAAAUCUUGGAACACGAACAAGGAGCUUUCACGCGUUGCAUCAAUCAGCGAGACGAGGAUGGCCUGAAUGUUCUAGACAUUGCUGCAAAACAAAACCAUACAAAUCUUGUGCAGCACCUCUUGCCCAAAAUCGAAGACAAGACAACGGCGCUGUUUUGGGCUGCUGCAGGGUAUCCCAAACUUGUAGAGCAGCUUCUGCAAAAAGUCCCCUCAAGCAUUGCGGCAAAGCAGCCUGAUGGACGGACAGCCUUGCACCACGCUGCGGAAGCAGGCGACGUUGAGAGUCUUCGAGUCUUACUUCGAUGGAAGGCGGAUCUGGGAAGCUUGGACGUGUAUGGAGCAAGCCCGUUGUGUGCCGCGGCGCGCAGCGCUCAGCCGACGGCCGUGGACGCACUGCUCAGCGCGCGUGCCUGGGUCGGCUCGGGAGAUUGGACCUGCUUGGACGAUGCAGCUGUCGCAGCAAAGUGGUGGGACCCGGAGCGUCAAAAAUGGGGCAUGGCCAAGAAUUGCAGCUUGCUGCUGGCAAGUCGCGCUGGUGAGCGAGGUGCGAAGUCUUGGGCUGCAGUUCUGCAUGGAGAGGUGACAGAAGAUCCGAAGGCCACAUUGAGCAUUGGCAAGCUGGGCUGGACCAGCCUGCACUGGGCAGUGAUGCUGCGAAACUUUGAUAUGAUCCAGAGGAUCGCAACUGAGAAUCCUGGAGUGUGUGCCUCUGGGGAUUCCCGCGGUCGCACGGCCUUGAGCCUUGCUUCGAAGCUUGGUCUGCUCAAAGCGGUCGACGUGCUUGCCAACCCGGAGUUGAACGGCACAGAUGUCGUAGGCCGGUCGCCGCUCAUGUGGGCUGCCAGGCGUGGCCAUGCAGGGAUUUGCAACAAGCUGCUGCAGCUCAGGGCCGACCCGUAUCAGAGAGACGCGAGCCGCAACACUCUCAUGCACUUGGCCGCCUUAAGCGGAAAUAGAACAGUGGUUGAUGUCUUCAACAAGACAUUGGACACCAAAUCAAAAGCCCAGAAUCAGCUGGGGGAGACUGCUCUGUUCAGUGCCGUGCAUAGCAAGAACAUAUCGUUGGUAAAGUACAUGCUCUCUGAGCUGAACUAUAGUGCCAAUCACGCAAACAUUCUCGGGCGGACAGCCCUGUUUGAUUCCCUGCGCUCUUGUCAGAAUCGAGUAUGGCAACUUUUGAAAGAAGAGACGAAUAUCGACCAACGGGACUACUUGGAUUUUCGCAUUGACGAAAUGCCGGAGUAUAAGAGUUCUGUGUGUUUGAAGAGAACGGAGACCAAAGAUCUCUGGACAUUGGAUGCUCAGGUGACCUCGACAAGUUUCCGUGAGAAGCUAGUGGAUGUUGCAGGAGAUGAAGACUUUCACAAGUAUCUCCUCGUGACUCUGGCCUUGUCGGUGCUGGAACCAUUGGCGUGGGCGCGCAGCUUUGGCAAACGAUGGUUUUGCCUGGUCUCUGAUACUUCAGACAACGAGGCAACAGACGAACACACAGAGACAACAGAGUCAUCUCAAGGUCGAGUCGCUCGAGUCAUUCGCGGUCGCUCAAGCAUGACUUGUUGUCAGCGCGAUCUGCGUGUGUCAGUUCGCGCCACCAAAAUCCAGACAGGGGCAAAGGAGUUUGCAAAGCUUGGUUGGCACGUGCAGCGGGCAUUCUUUGCACGCUGCUUGGAUGUCGUUGCCUUGCUCGUGUUCCCCACGAUAAUGUCCCGAGUUUUAGCUUGGUGGCACACUGUGACGUGGGUCCUGGUCACAUGCAUCCUGCCUCUCUGGUUCCGGGACCUUGGUCCUUUGCUGACGCGGCCCGCGAGGUUUCUCGGAGUAAGGGACCUCUGGGCUUGGCUCAGAACAGCUUAUCUGCUGAUGCAGCUUGUGUGGUGCAUUCUGAUGAAUGGCGAUGCUUGGAUCAAGCAACACGAAUACCUCUGGGAUCUGGGCUCUUAUCCCAUGUCGGAACUCAAUCAAAUCUCCAGAGACGAGUUUCCUAUACCGUUUCCGCCCCUGCUGCAAGCAGGAUGGCUUGCCUUUGAGAUCGUCUGUGCCCUCGGGGCGCUGUGUGUGGGAAGCCUCUGGCUGCUCAGGCGAGCAUCGCCCUCGGAUGCCUUGACAUGCAUCUUUUUCUCCCUUGCAGGCGUCUUCGGUCUAUUGUUGCUGCUAUUUUGGCCAGAGGGUGAAGCUACCUUGCCGGUGUCCUUGGCCGACAUUCUGGUCGCAUAUCGUGCAGCCGUGCUGCUGCUAACACUUCUUUGGAUCAUGAUGAACUUGCCGGUUUUCCAAAGCAGUGUUCGCUGUGAUGUGCAAGCUGAAGAUCAAGUACCUCUCUCGAAGGUCGCUGAAAGGGUCUACAGGGUUGCCGAGCAGCGCCGUGAUUUGGGAUCCUGUUCUCCCGGAGAUGAUGCUUUUUUCCAAAGGCAUUGCAAGCCAGAGACACGUUUCACGACCUUGAAAGCAACGCUGCUUUGGAUUCUCGACAUAUUUCUAGAUCUUCAAACAGUCAUAAUCUUUGCAGCCGCGAGGUCCUACGUAACUGCCUCGUUGAUUCUGGGAGCUUUCCUCUGGGCAUUGCUUGCGGCUGCUUCGGCUGGUGCAUUGAGCAAGAUCGGAUCUGCCCUGCGGCAGACCGUCCGGACUCAAGUGCGAGCAGAGGAAUAUCAGCAAGUGUUGGACCUUGAGGAAUCCAUCGAAGUGCCGAUAUCGUUGAUCGCGACGACAUUCAGUCUACCCUUUGUCGCACAUCGACCAGCAUCUGCAAUCAUGACCCUCGCCAGUAUAUUCAUGUCGCUCGUGCGUCAGGCAUCAUGGCUCUAUGAAGAGUUUGAUGUGUGCGAAGACAUGCACACCUACAUGACUGAGAGGACACCGAGAUCAACGAGCAGCAUUCCGAAGUUCUUUCCGGAGGAUUGA